UUCUAUGCCUACUGAGAGUUAACAAGUCACUGAAAUCUCACCAAUUUAGUUACAUCCUUUCGCUAAUCGCUUUUACAAGCGACUUUCAAUUGUGUGAUGAACCGGUUAACCAGUCUGCUCUUCAUUAUUAUUUCCACUCUAUCGUGUGUGAAAUCAACUGGAAAUGCCGUUCAUCAUGAGUACUGUGUUGUCGGAGCUGGCCCGGGAGGGCUUCAGUUGGGAUUUUACCUUGAGCGCGCAGGCCGUGAUUAUAUCAUUUUCGAACGUGACGCACUCGCAGGAGCAUUUUAUACAAAGUAUCCAAGACACAGGAAAUUAAUAUCUAUCAACAAGAGACACACAGGAAAAACAAACAAAGAAUUUAACAUGCGUCAUGAUUGGAAUUCCCUUCUCAGUGAUGAUGAGUCUCUUUUAAUGACUAAAUAUUCCAAACAGUUUUUCCCAGAUGCUGAUAUCCUGGUGAGAUAUCUGAAUGACUAUGCCACCAAGCUCAAACUGAAAGUCCAGUACAACACAAACAUACUGCAUGUGUCUAGAAGUGGGGAAGAGGUUGAUGCUCUUUUUCACCUCAAAGAUCAAAAUGAGACUGAAUACACCUGCAAGAAUCUUGUUAUCUGUACUGGUAUAGCUGUUGAAAAUCUCCCCAGAAAGUUUAAAGGAUUUGAGUACACAGAGAGUUACUCUGAUAUUUCAACAAAUCCUGAUGAUUAUGAGGGGCAAACAGUACUGAUUGUAGGAAGAGGGAACUCAGCAUUUGAGACAGCAGAUAGCAUAAUGGGAGCUACCAAUUUAAUCCACAUGUUUGCCAGAUCAAGGGUUCGUUUGUCUUGGGAAACCCACUAUGUUGGUGACUUGAGAGCCGUGAAUAAUGGAAUCUUGGACACGUAUCAAUUGAAAUCUCUUGAUGCGUUACUGGAGGCUCCUAUAGAGGAAAUGGCCGUCAUUAAGAGAGAUGGAAAACUGUUUGUUGAUGCCUUUGACGGCACUGGAGAGAACAUUGUCACAGCAGACCAGCCAAUCUCAGAGAGUGGAAGAGCACCUGAUAACUUUGCUGUGAGAGAGCCUUAUGAUCGCGUUAUACGCUGCCUAGGUUUUAAGUUUGACUUUUCCAUAUUUGACAACACAACUAAGCCAAGACCAAGCAGAGGAAAGCGGUCCAAAAAAUAUCCAGCUAUCAAACCGAGCUAUGAGUCUACUUCAAUUCCAAGACUUUAUUUUGCUGGAACAAACACCCAUUCUGUUGACUUCCGAAAAUCAGCAGGGGGAUUCAUUCACGGGUUUCGAUACACUGCACGUACUCUUCAUCGUGUGUUGGAAUGGCGUAACCAUAAAGUAGUCUGGCCUCACGUGACAGUACCCAUUGUAGAAGUUGUGAAUGUGAUACUUAAAAGGAUUAAUGAGGCAUCGGGAAUUUAUCAGAUGUUUGGGGUCCUCGGAGAAGUCAUGAUAUUGCGUGAUAAUGGAAAAGUAGAAUACUACGAGGAAUUUCCAAUCAGACUUAUACAUCAAUUUGAAGAGUUCACUGGUCGUCCAGCAGGCCCAAUGAUAGUACUCAAUAUGGAGUAUGGCAAAGAUUUCUCUGGAGCUGGCAAGGACACGUUUAAGUCAGACCGUGCCACCGGAGAACCAGGAGAGGCGCAUAAAUCGAACUUUUUACAUCCGGUCAUCUACUUUUAUAAAGAACCUCCGACAGCUUUGCCUAAAGAAACAAAAGAAGUUGUUCUUCCUAGACCAGAUCGCCUUCACCACAUGGUGGAAGAUUUCUUGACGCAGUGGACUGCACCAAACUCACACAUUUUACCGUUACGUCGUUUCAUUGAAAAUGUUGUUCAAAGUGAUCUUCGUUCCUUUUUUGCUUCAACCUGCUUUAAGAUUAUGAUGACUCAGAAAACCGCACCAAUCAAUUGUCAAGGACACUACACAGAAGGACCAAUGUUGCCGAUCCCAAAGCAUCUUCAAGAAAUACUACUGCAGAGUUAGACAGAAGUCAUAAAAAAUUGAAUUAUGUCUGUGUGGAACUCAGUAGACUUCAUCAACUAGAGGAGUUCUAAACACUCGAGUUAUUUAUUUUUAACUUAACUCUAUAAACUAUCAAAACUCAAAGUUUAACCUAGUUGAAGUUCUGUACCAUAGGCAUACGUUAUUCGUUUAAUUUAAAGUCUUGAGGAACUAGUUUUGAGAUGUGCUACUUCAAAUUCGGCAAGAUCUCAUUUUACAUUUCCGAUGUGGUUAUGAAAAUAUUUUACCAGAGUAAUAUUCUUAGCAAGAGACAGUGGUAUUCUCUUGUUCUUUAUGAUAUGUCUUGGGAAAGAAUUUUCAAGAAUAAUAUACACCAAAAAAAAAUAUAUGAAAUAAAAAUGAAUUUGAUGUAAGUUGUCCGUGCUAAAGUAAGAUGUGAACAUUGAUAGCGUAAGGUGUCUGUUAAUUGCUAGAGGUUCUGCCUAGACAGAAAGUCCCAUUGUAAAUGCCACAGUGCUAGUCAGAAAUUCAAGGACUUCUACUGUUGUGGUCGUUGUCGAACUUUAAAAUUGUUUCAGCAUUAUAGUGGACAGCCAUUGAAGUAAGCCUUUCGAGGCUGCUGUACGUGCGUCUCGUGGGCAUCGCUCAAAUACUAGUAUCAUACCAGACACCGCGAAGACCUUUCGCUCACCGCCUCGAUUACCUCGCGCACCUCGCGAAAGGCGUAGGAGAUACUCGUUCAACAGCUCGCAGGCUACACUGACGUAAUCUUAGGUAGAAUGCACGAAAACGAAAAUAGACACAAAAGCGGAAUGCGAUCAUAAUUUUAUUUUGCAUAAACUUUUUUGGGUUCCUAGAUUCCCAGCACGGUUUUGUUUUCAUUUCAGUGGAGGUAUUGUAUAGACUCCAGUAACCAAGUCAAAAUCUAGCUUAGGGUAAUUUUUCACAGGAGACCCAUCUUUCCUGCUCAGCUAGCUAAUCAGAACACAGGAUUCGUUUCAUCUUGCCCCCAUCACUGGGCCGUCAUACGGUAGCGGGGAAAGACAUGACACUGAAGUUUUAAAAAAUUAAUUGUCAAGGAAAUGUAUAGAGAACAGUAUGAAGAAUAUGCCUACUGAUGAAAGGGGUUAAGAGUGGAGACUGGGCACAGCAUCCCCUUUCAUAACCUUCAAAAGCAUUUCACAUUUUAAAAUGACAUUUAUUAUAUUCCUAGUUAUUUCUAAUUCAUUACAUCAGUCACUUGAUGAAGAGACAAGUUCUACAAAAUUGAAUUUCAUCUUUGAAAAAUAUUUUCAGUUAACAAAUUGCAUUUAUCUUGAAAGGCACAGCAUUACCUCAAUGCAUUUAAAUUUCACAUACUGAUAUGAUUGUUUCCUCAAGUACUUAAUCAGGUGCUUCACCUACAUUAUGAAACAUUUACACUUCAAAAGUAUUGAGAUGUUAUGAAAUCAAGCCAUUAAGCCUGAUUCUUAUACAGUCCAGAGUCACUCAACUCCCUAAACCUUGAAUUGUCUGGGAGGAGUACCAACUUAAAAAUUUUAAAGUAGAAAUUGUGAUUCCUCCCAGACACUACAUUGUGACCCCAGGAAAGAGGGAAAAUAUUAUUCUUUACAUCUACAAUGUAGCUAAGGUAUAUUCCAGUAAGGACUCUUCCUCUGUUUCUUUUUUUUUAUGGAAAGUCCUAACAGGUAAACAUGUAUUACAUAAGAGAAUAUAUAAAUUUUGGUUUAGAAAACCCCAGACCCUGUGAAAUUCCAGUGACACAUUUGAAACUGCACACUGAGAUUUUUCAACCAAGAGUGCUGUAAAAGUGGGGGGUUGACAUUCAUUACUUACCACUAUUAACAUCUCACAAUUUUAUAAAGUUAUAUAGCUUAUGCACCAUUUACUAAAUGUUUCCAAGGGAUCUUCAUUUACUUACUUCAACUCUCCCACAUGGGUGGAAUUUCUCAUUCAAUAUAACCUUCGUUGAAUGUUCACAAAAAUUUCAGGAACCAAUAUAAAUAAAAAAGAUACACAUAA